AUGAGCGAGAAUGGAACGUUGGAAUGCAUGGUAGGUUCAGCCUACCUACCUUACGACUCCGAAGGACUUCCCCCAACACCUGAGGUAGAGUCGCUUAUAGCCAGAGUGAAAGACGAGGGAACAGAACUCCAGCUUGGUUGCGACGCAAACUCUCACCAUCAGGGGUGGGGAAGCUCAAACACCAGUACUAAGGGAGAUGCCCUACACGACUUCUUGAUCGUUAACAACCUGCUACUCCUGAACAGGGAAAAGGAGCCGACCUUCAUGGACUGCAGAAAGCAGGAGGUGCUGGAUAUGACCAUAUGCACAGCAGACCUAAUAGACUUGAUUAGAGACUGGAGGGUCUCCAAAGAACGUUCGGGCUCUGAUCAUGGUCAAAUACGCCUUAAGCUGAGUGGCAGAGGAGAGUCUAUUCGGAGGAGAGACCCGACAGAACCAGACCAGACGGGGUACAAAAAGGAGCUCUUACUGAGAAUCCAGGGUGUACCCAGCAGAUUCGAGAACAUGGAGCAACUAGAAUAUACUGCCGAAUCCUUCGGAGAGUGGAUUAGAAGGUGUUCUGAUAACAACUGUUCAAUGCGCCCCAUCAAAGGAACCAAACAGGUGAGCUGGUGGAACACAACCCUAGCCAUCUUAAGGGACCUGGUGCGGAGAGCGUGGCACAAAGUAAAAAACUCUUGCGGUAACCUACGCACGAGGAAGGCCACGGCGGAACGAAUAUCACCGUAG